AUGGCUAUAUUCAGUCGCGAUCACUCCACCAGUGCUUCUUCAUCCAGUCCUCGUUCAUCGGGCAUGUCGACUCGCUCCUCUACCGGGCAUAGGAAAUAUGCCGACGAUUCUUCCCGCACGUCCUUUUCCUCUAGAUCUUCAACAGGUAGCACCCGCCGACACGGCUUUCUCCACCGUACACCUGAAGAUCCUUCGAUCCAAGCGGCUCGAGAGCAGGUUUCUCGUGCGGAGACUGCAGAGCAACAGGCAGAUAGCGCGCUGAUCGCGUCCCGGCGGGCGGUUAAAGAGGCCCGGGAUCAUGUUAAACACCUUGAGCGUGAAGCUGCUGAAGAUGCUCGACUUGCGAGAAUUAAGCACGACCAAGCGAAGUCUAUCUCUAAGCGCGCAAAGCCUUUGGGCCGCCAUUUGUAA